AUGCCUGGCCCAGAGGGAUUCACCAAGGUAACAGAAGACGCCCACAGGUCGUCUGAUGCCAUCAUGCAAAAUCCUUACGGCCCCAACCCGGCCGAUUUCCUUUCGAAUGUCUCCAGUUUUGAGUUGAUUGAAUCAACUCUCAGAGAAGGAGAGCAGUUCGCCAAUGCUUUUUUCUCCACAGAGACCAAGAUUGAAAUCGCUAAGGCUCUUGACGAUUUUGGUGUUGACUACAUCGAGUUGACUUCUCCAGUUGCCUCUGAUCAAUCGAGAAAGGACUGUGAGGCUAUCUGUAAGUUGGGCUUGAAGGCUAAGAUCUUGACCCAUAUCCGUUGUCAUAUGGACGACGCGAAGGUGGCUGUUGAGACUGGUGUUGAUGGUGUUGAUGUCGUUAUUGGCACCUCCCAGUUCUUGAGACAGUACUCACAUGGUAAAGAUAUGUCUUACAUUGCCCAGAGUGCAGUUGAGGUUAUCGAGUUUGUCAAGUCCAAGGGUAUCGAGAUCAGAUUCUCUUCCGAGGACUCCUUCAGAUCCGACUUGGUGGAUUUGUUGAACAUCUACAAAACCGUCGACAAAAUCGGCGUCAACAGAGUUGGUAUUGCCGACACUGUUGGCUGUGCCAACCCCAGACAGGUCUACGAGUUGGUCAGAACCUUGAAGUCAGUUGUUUCUUGUGACAUCGAAUGUCAUUUCCAUAACGACACUGGUUGUGCUAUUGCCAACGCUUACACUGCUUUGGAGGGUGGUGCCAAGUUGAUCGAUGUCUCUGUUUUGGGUAUUGGUGAGAGAAACGGUAUCACUCCCCUCGGAGGCCUCAUGUCGAGAAUGAUUGCUGCUGACAGAGACUAUGUGCUUUCUAAGUACAAGUUGCACAAGUUGAGAGAUCUCGAGAACCUCGUUGCCGAGGCUGUUCAGGUGAACAUUCCUUUUAACAACCCCAUCACUGGUUUCUGUGCUUUCACCCACAAGGCCGGUAUCCACGCCAAGGCUAUUUUGGCCAACCCUUCUACCUACGAGAUUUUGAGCCCCUCAGAUUUCGGUCUCACCAGAUACAUUCACUUUGCUAAUAGAUUGACCGGAUGGAAUGCCAUCAAGUCCAGAGUCGACCAGUUGAACUUGCAGUUAACAGACGAGCAGUGCAAGGAAGUCACCAACAAGAUCAAGAAGUUGGGUGACGUGAGACAGUUGAACAUCGAUGACGUCGACUCGAUCAUCAAGGACUUCCAUGCGGACCUCUCCGUUCCCGGUACUCCCGUGCCUGCAAAGAAACAGAAAAUCUAA